AUGGCGGAUGAGCGAACGAUCAGUAUGUUAAAAAAGAAACGCGGCAUUAUCAAAAGUCAAUUAUCGAAAUUCACAACAUAUAUUGACAGAUUUAAUGAUUCGAGAAACUUGACGGAAUUAACUGCGCGACUAGAGAAGGCUGAAGAUUUAUGGGCAGAUUUUGACAAAAUACAAACGGAAAUCGAGUUAGAGGAUGACACCGAAACGCAAUCUGAGCAUCGCGAUGCGUUCGAAACAGCAUAUUUUAAUGUAAUAGGUAGGGCGAGACAGCUUAAACAUGCGGGAUCACAACAAGCGAGUUCAGAUGUACAGCCACAAGCGAAUCACACGUGCGCUAAUCAAAACGUAAAUUUGCCCAUAUUGAAAUUGCCAGAGUUCAACGGAGAAUACAGUAAAUGGAUACAGUUUAACGAUACAUUCAAUGCGAUAAUUCAUAACAACAAUACGUUGAAUAUCACGCAAAAAUUUUAUUAUUUAAAGUCAUGCUUGAGUGGAGAGGCCGCUCAAGCAUUAGAUACAUUAGAGGUAUCGGACGCGAAUUAUGAGGUCGCUCGGGAUAUCUUAAGACAAAGGUUCGAAAACAAAAACAUUAUAAUACAUAGUCACGUAAGGGCUUUAUUCGAAUUAUCACAGGUAAUUAAAGAUUCACACACAUCUCUUAGAAGCCUCAUUGAUAGCAUGUCACAACAUUUGCGAGCUCUAAGGUCCUUGGGACAACCGGUCGAUGAAUGGGAUUCGAUGAUCAUUUUUCUUAUUACGUCAAAGUUAGAUACGAUAACGCGUAGGGAAUGGGAAAAGGCAACGGUCAAGCAUAGCGAAUUACCAACCACCAAUAGUUUCAAGGCUUUUUUAAACGAACGUUGUCAAUUUCUUGAAAAAUUAGCAAGAGACGAUAAACAGACGAACAAACAAAUUGGAAAUAAAGAAAAUAAGGAUAAAACAAGGUUAGGCACAUUGACGUGUUUAGCAUCAAACCUUGCAAAAUGCUUAUUUUGUAAGGGUUCGCAUAACAUAUAUUCAUGCAAGGAUUUAUUAAACUUAUCGGUAGAUAAGCGAUUAACACAAGUCAAGAAACUAAAAUUAUGUACGAAUUGCUUGAGAAGUAACCAUUUUAGUAGAGAUUGCAAGGCAGGUGGUUGUAAAAAAUGUAGCGGUAGGCACAACACGUUAUUACAUUUCAGUGACUCCAAAGGCGAAAAUGAGAGAGACGAUCAUUCGACUGCUAAUACGAACAGUGAAAACAGCGUAAAGGAAUCGGCGGUGGCCACACAUGCAUUACAAAUAAACAAUAAUUCAUAUAUACUGUUAGCGACGGCCAGGAUUGUCAUAUUCGACAACAAUGGUAAGCCUCAUCAAUGCAGGGCUCUAUUAGAUAAUGGAUCGCAGUCAAAUUUUGUUACAAAACGUUUGUCUCAAAAAUUAGGUGUCGCGGGGACGCCUAUAAAGCUUCCGGUUUGCGGAAUCAAUCAAAGUGUAACGACCAUUUCACAUAAAAUCAAUGCCUCCGUUAAGUCGUUUUACAAUGAUUAUAGGGCCGAAUUGUCAUUCUUGGUAGUUGAAAACAUCACGCAAGAAUUGCCAAACAAAUUUUAUAAUAUUUCAACAUUAAACAUACCGGAUGAUCUAUCAUUAGCGGAUCCGCGUUUUAAUUAUCCCGAUAGGAUAGAUCUACUGUUAGGCGCGGGUAUUUUUUGGGAACUUCUUUGUGCAGGACAAAUUCAAUUAGGUAAGGGAAGGCCAUUCCUUCAAAAAACGAGAUUAGGGUGGGUCAUAUCGGGACCUAUGGCACCUAUGUGCAAGGAAACAGUAUCCCUGUGUCAGGUCAGCACCAUCCAAGAAGUGCGCGACAAUUUAGAGCGUUUCUGGGAGAUAGAGGAAUGUUUCACAGCACCAAAAUAUACACGAGAGGAAUCUGAAUGCGAAGCAUUAUUCGUUAAAACCGCGGAACGCGAUGAGCAAGGUCGAUUCACAGUACAAUUACCGUUUCGAACAAAUGUAAAUGAACUCGGGGAUUCUUUAAAUAUGACAAUUAAACGAUUUUACGCAUUAGAACGGCGGUUAGCUAAAGAUCCGGAUCUUAAAAAACAAUAUUUAAAUUUUAUGAACGAAUAUCAACAACUCGGUCACAUGACAGAAAUUACCCCUGAGGAGAAGGAUCUUAACUCGGUCUAUUAUUUGCCUCACCAUAGUGUGGUGAAGGAAUCGAGCACAACUACAAGAGUACGCGUGGUAUUCGAUGCAUCAGCAAGGACAUCUUCUAAUUUAUCGUUGAAUGACGUAUUGAUGACUGGCCCGAUUAUACAAGAUAGUUUGUUCGCAAUAUUAGUUCGUUUUAGAGUGCACAAAUAUGUGUUUACAGCUGAUGUAAGAAAGAUGUACAGACAGGUCAAUGUUUAUGAACCGCAUCGUAACUAUCAGAGAAUUAUAUGGCGCCCAAAUGAAAGGGAACCUGUACGGCAUUUUAAAUUAAAUACGCUAACAUACGGUACAGCGUCGGCUUCAUUUGAGGCUAUACGAGCUCUUCAUCAAACAGCAAUAGACAAACGGGACGCGUACCCUGAGGCAUGUAACAUUAUUCUAAUGGACUUUUACGUAGAUGAUCUAAUCUCAGGAUCCGAUACAAUCAAGAGCGCGAAAGAUCUGGUUCAUAAUAUAAACACAGUACUAAGCAGCGGAUGUUUUCAACUACAUAAAUGGAAUAGCAACAAUGAAAAAAUAAUUGAGUCAUUACAAGCGGAACCGAGUACUGAUCAGAUACAACUGCCUCAGGAAGUCAAUUCGAAGACACUUGGUCUGUCAUGGAAUACUAGUAACGAUACAUUACAUUAUCAGGCAAGCAACAUAAGUAAUAAAUCGACUAAGGUUACUAAGAGAAAAAUAUUAUCAUUUAUAGCGCAGUUGUUUGAUCCGUUAGGAUUAAUUAGUCCGACGAUCGUCAUAGGGAAAAUUAUCAUGCAAAAAAUUUGGAAGGCAGGAAUCGGUUGGGACGAGUCGUUGCCCCUUGAGAUAUUCACGAUAUGGAAUCAAUUUUUCGAGGGUAUGAAAAACAUGAACGAAAUUUCGAUACCCAGAUGCGCAUGGGGUCAACGGUAUCAUAGUGUACAAUUACACGGAUUUAGCGACGCCUCGGAAGUAGCCUACGGCGCAUGCAUAUAUGUUAGAUCAGAAGACGAAGCUGGUAAUAUCACGUCUAAAAUCUUAUGCGCUAAAUCACGCGUGGCCCCGUUAAAAACGGUAAGUUUACCGCGGCUCGAGUUGUGUGGUGCGUUACUUUUAGCGCGAUUGCAUCAACAAGUAGUAGAGGCUUUAAGUCGUCUUGAUAGUCAACAUUGUGAUAGCUUCUAUUGGUGCGAUUCCACCAUUGUUUUAUCAUGGGUUACCACUGAACCCAGCCGGUUAAAAACAUUCGUAGCAAAUCGAACUGCUGAAAUACAGCGACUUACUGACGUCAAUCGUUGGUCUCAUGUGGUGAGUGACGAAAAUCCCGCGGAUAUCAUAACAAGGGGGAUGAGUCUAGGCAAGCUAGCAACAACUCGGUUGUGGUGGCACGGGCCACCGUGGUUGAAACUCAAAUCUGAGGCCUGGCCUAUCGUAAAUACUGUUCCUCAAACUACAGUCCUUCCCGAGUUAAAGGAUAAUGAGGUGGUAUGCACUACGGUUAAAUUCAGUUGUGAUUUAUUUCAUCGGUUCUCAUCAUACAUGAAAUUACUUCGCGUUACAGCCUAUUGCUUGCGAUUUAUUAAAAACGUAAGGGGGAGGCAGAAAUGUACCGGACUGUUAUCGGUCAAUGAAUUGAACGAAUCAUUAUUCACGCUGGUUAGAAUGAUGCAAUCCAUGCAUUUUGCGCCUGAAAUCAAUGACUUAGAACGCAAAGAAACAAUACGUGCAAAUAGCAGAAUACUGUCACUAAAUCCAUUCUUAGAUGAGCAUCGUAUAUUAAGAGUAGGGGGUCGUUUAAGAUAUUCCGAGCUACCAUAUGAGCGGAGGCAUCCGAUGUUGCUACCGAGCAAUCAUUCACGCGCAUGA